AUGACACUCUCCAACACCCCAUUCAUGAAGACGCUCGAAAUCGACCACGCGUCCUUGAUUCCAAGUAAGUUUUCAUCCUCCUUCACCCCCCGCAGUGUGCACGAAGUCAGCGAUCGGCCCUCGUAUAUCAGAGCGCAGCUCCCCCUCGAGAUCCUCUAUCUUGCUCAAGAAUACGCCGCUCCUCGGGAGGCCGACCUCGCUCUUGGUAGUCUAAUCCCCCGGAACCCCGCGCAUGAGAUCCUGGACUAUAUCCUGGAGGUGUCGUUCAUCCUGGACCUCAAUGCGUUGUUCAAGGAGCAGAACUUCCCGGACGAUAAAGUACAGGCUCUGGCACGGCUUGGACCACGCGUGGAGUGCAUCUGGGACGCCAAAAACUUCGCAUUCCUCGGUACCACGCAACACGAGGAUACUGCUACCUUCGUCGUGCUCUCCACGUGUGACCCACCUCAAUAUCAACCGCACAAACUAGAGUUGUCAAGCCACAACGACCUGGUCAUCCCCGCGGUGUCUUUUGAUGGUCGAAUCACCGUCAGCGGCGUGCGCGACUGCGGCUUCCCAAUGUGGAGCACGGACGAAGGGCUCGCGCCGAUGUAG